AUGCCUCCGAAACUUGAUGAAGUACCGGUUCCUCAAUGGACGCGUAUUUCAGCGACAUGGGAAGAAGAAAUUAAGGGCAAGGCCUAUUCUGGAAGUCCUCGCAAAGCAGUGAGAUCAGAAAAAAUUGCCAGGGUCAAGGAUCUUGUUAGCAGUGACUUGCAUAUUUUUAUUAAAGAAUUAGCUAAUGAAGUUGGUAUUUCCUGUGAAAGAAUUUCUUACAUUUUGCAUGAAGAGCUGAGUCUCCACAAACUCUGUGCAAAAUGGGUUUCCCAUAGCCUUUCAGAGGAAUAUAAAUGA